AUGUCGCAUUCAGGUUCAACUUUGUUAUCUUCAAGUAAUAAAUGGCAUUCGACAGCAACGCAUACGUCAUCAGCGAUUUCAGCGACGCAUGGUUAUCGUCAUCGUCCAUCGAUACCUUUGUCGGAUAUAUCCACAAACAUUAAUACGGGAUCAGUAGCAGCGACCACGACUUUCUCGAGAAAAUGUAUCUAUGUGAAAGAAGUCAUCAGUGUUAAUAAUAGUGCAGCACAUUUGCAAAUAGCCUCAUCGGAUGCGGGUAGCGCCAGUGAAUGUGAAAGUGGUGACAUAAGUUCAGAUGAAUAUCCAUCACAGAUUAAGGUUAAACCUUUCACAAUUGACCACGCCCAAGAGAAUCAACAUGAUUCAACACAUGAAAUGGGAACUCUAGCACAAUUACUUAAUCAUUCUGUUCCUGCACAUGUUGACACAUCAAUCUCGUCGCUUAAACAUGAAUCGGACAUUCGUCGUCAUGAAGUGCCUAAUCAUCGAAUGCGUUCGUCAUCAACAUCAUCGACACCACGAAUUGAAGCUCCAUUGAAAACACGUCGCUUAUCAGAACAUCUCUCAACUACAAUUCAACGACAAAAGACACGUAACGAACAACGGCAUCAUGCCUAUGCACAAUUAAAACAUUUAGCACAACGACGUUUGAAUGUCGUUGCAGAAUUAGUGACUUUAGAUGAAGAAUAUGAAGCAACACUUGCCAAGUUAUUACUGCCAGGCCAUAAUUAA